AGAACCUACUAGAAACAGAAAAUUAUCAUAUAGCUUCAGAUUCUGUAGAAGACUUGAUGGAGUUGGAGCAACACCUGGUGGGAGUUGAACAGUGCAAGGUAGACUCUGAUUCUCUUAAACACUGGAUGGACUCAGGUUCAGAAAUAUUCUUGAUAGAUUCUGACUCUGAACAAUAUCUGAUGGAUUCUGACAAUGGCACACAGGGUAUAGACUCAGACUCAGAAAAAUGCCCCAUAGCCUGUGCAUCUAUAAAAAUUCUGCAAAAGGAAAAACACCAAAUGGCCUCAGAUUCUGUAAAACGCCUGAUGGAAUCUGAAAAGAUAUUGAUAGAGACUGAGAAACUCUGGAUGGUCUCUGCUUCUGAGACAUAUGUGAGGGACUCAAAUACAGAAAAAGGUGGAAUGGACUCAGCCUCUGCAUCUGGGGCAUAUCAGACAGGAAAAGAAAAACAUCCGCACAAAACUGAAGGUAAGAGACAUGUGAAGGAUUCUAACUCUGAACCAUUUGGGAUGUACUCAGACUCAGAAAAAUAUGAGCUAGCUUCAGCAGCUGUGAAACACCUCAUGGAUACUAAAACAUUCCAGAUGAGCACAGACACUGAGGGGCUUUGGGUGGAUUCUUGGUCUGAAAGACUUGCAACAAAUUUAGAUUCCAAAAGUCUGGAGAUGGCAUCUGAUUCUGUGAAACACACAAUGAAGUCUGAAAGUUGUCAAAGAGCCUCUGAUUUGGAUACGGUCUGGCUAGAUCUCAGUUCCAAAUCUAAAAAAUGCUGGAUGGACUCUGAAGGAGAACAACUGGACUUUGACUAUAGUAAAUGCUGGGAUAAUGCUAGAAUAUAUCAGAAUAGGUCUGCAAGACUUCAGUAUACCUCUGAAAGUCAGGAUAACUUUCAAAAACACUGGGAUAACUUUGACAGACAUCAAGUAGAUUCUAAUUCUAGAAAACAUCAAAUAAAUUCUGAAAAUGAAAGACAUAUAAAUGAGUUUGAAAGUAAAAGACACCUUAUGGAAUUGGAGAGAGAACAAUGUCUAAUACAAUUUGAAAAUGAGAGACUUCAAAUGAAUGAAAAGGGGGAAAGACAUUUCACAGAGUCUGACAGUAUAAAAGAGCACAGGAUUAGGUUUGACAAUGAAAGACACCACUUUGAUUCAAAAAGUGAAGCACAACGGCUUGGUGCUCGCAAAAAAGAUAAUCGUCCUCAAGGUUUUUGGAGACUUGUUUUCUUUCCUCUUCCACUUACCCAGGGAAAGGGAACUGAAGAACAACACUCUGUGCAACAAAUGGGUAACAGUUCUAUCUCCAAAAUUCAACUUGUGAGGUAUCUAAGUGAUGACAAGACUGUAAGAGUCAAAGAGGUAUCUCCAACUCUCAGUGACAAACAAGACUCACAGCCAAAGUUAAAGGAAAAGCACAACCACAAUAUUUCUCUGGACCCAGAUAGGUUAAUGAUUAACAAGCAUCACAGAAAACCCAGCCACAAAGUUACUGUCUUUAAGAGCCAUUGCAAGGACUACACAUACCUACAGAGUUUUCAGAGUUCUGAAUCUCAGAUGAAUCCUAUUCAUCUCCUAAGUGGUGAGGAUUACACCUCUGACAUUUCAGCAUCUGUCUGCCACCCAAAUUCAUUACUACCUAGGUUUGUUGCAUACCCCAAAACUCACAGAAAUAACACACAUUCUUUGGACACAGGAGCUCAAAUAUGUCCCAAAUGUUUGAUGGAAAUCAGUGACUCUCUUUUUCAUAAGUGCCUCACAAAUUCUGAUCAUGAUUCAGACCCUGACUGUCCUUUACAUGUCCAAAUUCCCUUGGAUUCUAAAUAUUCUCUGAGUUCCAAAUAUGUUAGAUAUCACAAGACUUCUAGAAACAGCCCUUUAUCUCAAUCCCUUGAUCCUAAGCAUCCUGUGGGUGUCCACUGUCCUCUACACUGGGAAGAUUCUAAAUAUUCCUUGUGUUCAAUUUAUUUAUAUUGUGAAAGUUGCUCAGCUUUACAAAAUCUCAUAGGCUUAUCUAGUACCUGUACCUUUCCCAUGAAUGCCCCCAAUACCAUGGACCACCAUAGUAUCUCUGGCCCAGACAGUGUCAUCAAUAUCAGCAAUGCUGUUGACCUUGAAAGUGAGAACAAAUUCAAUAUUACUGCUAAACCCAAAAAUGAAGCCAAUCAUGACAGUAAGAUUAAACUAAUCAGUGCUGACAAUCUCAAAGAUAAGGCCAAUGCUGAAGAUAAGCCUUUUCCCAGAGAUGAACCUGACCAAGAAGAUGAGCCAGAUGCUAAAGAAGAGACAGAUGCUGAAGAUGAAACAAAUUCUGAAGAUGAAGACAACACCAAAGGGAAGAAAGAUCCCAAAGAUAAAUCUGAUCCUGAUGACACUGAUCCCAAAGAUAGCAAUGCUGAAAAUAAUGCAGAUACCAACAAUGGGUCUGAUCCCAAUGGCAAUGCUGGUCCUACAAGUGGAACUGAUUCUAAUAGUGAUGGUGACACUAACAAUGGAACUGAUCCCAGCAGUGAACCUGACCCAAAUGUUGAUAAUUCCACUAACAAUUAUUCUAAUUCCAAAUAUAGCACUGAUCCUGAGGACACCACACACACCAACAAUUCAGACAAUGCUUUUGUCCUAGGCAAUAAUGUUGAUCAGGAUAAUAUUACUUACUCCAGUGAUGACACUAAUCCAAACUAUAUCUCUGGGCUCCAAAAUGGAACUGACCUGGACUGUACUUCUGGUUCCAAUGGUACUGGCCCUAACAAUACCAUUGAGCCAAACAAUGAAAUUUGUUACAACAUUGUCCCUGGAUCUCAGAAUAUCAAAUUGGCCCCCAACCGCUUUGACCCCAACAUCAUUCCCAGCUCCAGUGACAAGGAUUCUUUCCCCAAAAGAGAACAUGACUUUAAUGUUAGGCAGAUUAAUGCAACUAAACACAACAAUGCUAUUAGUCCUAACAAUGAUGCUGGUCCCAAUUAUGUUACAAGGUCCAUCAGUACUGCUGACCACGACUAUGCAGUGGUCCUGAAUUAUGACUCAGACCUUGUCUAUAUCCCAGGAUUUACCCACACAUUAGGUUCUAGCUUUGUAGUCAACCUGAACUAUGAUGGCAGACUCAACACUACAGCUAGCACUGUCAAUACUACUGACACCAGCGAUACCAGUAGUUCUCGUGGUGCUUUUAACCUUAACUAUACUGCUGGUAUGGACUAUGGCUCAAACACAAACCAUAUUCCUAGAUUUACUCAUUUCAUUGGCUCCAUAAAUACUCAAAAUGUCAAUAAUUCUACCAAUACCAGCAAUAUUAAUAGCAUUCUCCCUGAGCCUGAAUUGGAAAUCAGUUCCAGUUCCUCUAUGCCUAAUAUUAUUUUUGGAAACACUCCCACUUUUUCUGCUGGCACCAAUAAUACUUCCACUCCUGACAAUGUGACCACCUCUAAAGCUUUUAAUGACUACCGAUUUGGUGCUCACUUCAAAGACUUUGCUGGCUCCAUGAACUCUGUUAGUUUUAAGUAUGCCACUAAGUCCAAGGAUGCCCUUGAUGCCAAGGAAUCUGGUUUUUUAAAAGCUUUCUCAAGGGUCCAGAGUCCCACUGGUAUCAAGAAUCCUGACAUUUUAAACUUUCAUUUCAAUCCAAAUAUUUCACUCCCUAAACUUGGCAUUAUAGGAGAAGCUGAAUCACCAGAUGUUGUGAAGUUUGAUAUAUCAUCAGGUGCUAUCAACCAGCUCAUAAAUACUCAAAAUGUCAAUAAUUCUACCAAUACCAGCAAUAUUAAUAGCAUUCUCCCUGAGCCUGAAUUGGAAAUCAGUUCCAGUUCCUCUAUGCCUAAUAUUAUUUUUGGAAACACUCCCACUUUUUCUGCUGGCACCAAUAAUACUUCCACUCCUGACAAUGUGACCACCUCUAAAGCUUUUAAUGACUACCGAUUUGGUGCUCACUUCAAAGACUUUGCUGGCUCCAUGAACUCUGUUAGUUUUAAGUAUGCCACUAAGUCCAAGGAUGCCCUUGAUGCCAAGGAAUCUGGUUUUUUAAAAGCUUUCUCAAGGGUCCAGAGUCCCACUGGUAUCAAGAAUCCUGACAUUUUAAACUUUCAUUUCAAUCCAAAUAUUUCACUCCCUAAACUUGGCAUUAUAGGAGAAGCUGAAUCACCAGAUGUUGUGAAGUUUGAUAUAUCAUCAGGUGCUAUCAACCAGCUUUUAAAGCUCAACCACCAGACAGGUAGCAGACAAAACCUUGGUCCCUGAUUAAUGAAAAGAAUACCUUGAGAUGAAAAAGUCAAAGGCACAACCAAGAAGGUUUUGAAGAUAUGAACAAAUAAUUUCAAAAAUUUCGGAGAUCUCUUUACAAUAUUUGUUAUAUGUUCACUCUCAUAUCCCUUUCCCAUUACAUGACCACGUAUUCAUUGUCUAUUGGGGCCAUCAAUGUUGCUUCAAACUACAAUGUACCAAUUGCUCCAUCCAUUUUAUUUGUUUCUGGUAGACUCUAGAAUUAUGAAAAUGACACACCAUGAUCCUUUCUAACAAUAAUACAAAAAUAAUUUUGUAUUGUU